GGAAACGAAACUGAUGGGGAGGCAGGCCUGGGGGACGCUCAGAGCAGCCAGGUAGCCUGACAGCUCCGCAGCCAACACCUCUCUCCUCCCUCAGAGCCCCUCACCCUUCUCUGCAGCCCCCUGCCCGACCCCCUUUCUUUUGGUGGGGAUGGAGCGGAGGCUGGUGGCGGACAUGCAUCCUCGGGAGCUGGACGGGUUCAUCGCAGCGGUCCUGCUGCCGGACACGAAGUUCCGGACCCAGAUCCGCCAGGCCGUCCGGGAUAUCUGCGAGUUCCUCAAGCAGAGGGGCUUCCGAGAUGCCCGCCCGCCCGUCCGCGUCCUCAAAGUCGUCAAGGGAGGGUCAUCGGGCAAAGGCACUUCCCUGAAAGGUGGUUCCGACGCCGACCUGGUGGUGUUCGUCAGCUCCCUCCAAAGCUACCAGCAACAACUCAGGGACCGGAGAGAGAUCCUCCAGGAAAUCAUGAAGCAGCUGCAAAUCUGGGAAAAAGAGCAACGGUUACGAGUGAAAUUUCAGAUCUCAAGGCAUGACAACCCUCGGGUGCUCAGUUUUCAACUGAUGUCAGGAGACGGCAGAGAAUGGGUGGACUUUGAUGUCCUGCCAGCCUACGAUGCCUUGGGUCAGAUAACUGCGAAUUUCGUAAAGCCUAAACCUGAGAUCUAUAUUGAACUCAUAAAGGCCUGCAAUAUUGGGGGCGAAUUCUCUACCUGCUUCACUGAGCUGCAGAAGAAAUUUCUCACAGAACGCUGCACCAAGCUGAAGAGUCUGAUCCGUCUGGUGAAGUACUGGUAUAUUCAGUGCAAGGAGAAACUCCAGAACAGCAGGUCCCUGCCCCCUAAGUACGCCCUGGAGCUCUUGACCGUCUAUGCCUGGGAGAAAGGGAGCCAGAGUACAGCGUUCGAAACAGCUGAGGGCUUCCGAACCGUUCUGGAGCUGGUCAAACGCUAUAAGGAACUCCUGAUCUACUGGACAGUCUACUAUGACUUUGCGAACGCCAUCAUUGGAGACUUCUUGAGGAAACAGCUCCGUAAAACCAGGCCCGUCAUCCUGGACCCAGCCGACCCAACCGGAGAUGUAGGAGGAGGGUUGAAUUGGAAUUGGCAACUGCUUGCAAAGGAAGCUGAGAUCUGGUGCACCAGAUGGGAUGUGAAGCCCUGGAAUGUCCCGGUCAUUACGCACAGCGAGGAGUCAUCCUGCUGGCUGUUAUGAUCUGCUCCGGCCAGCCUCCCCAGAAGAGUCUCCGCUGGAGGAUUUGGCAUGGACUGGGAGGUCUUAGGGGUCAGGACACGGAGACCUGCAUUGUUACGACGCAACUUCUGCCUUCGGUCAAUGGAGACAGAGGGUCUGUUCAUCCACUCCACUCUUAGUACAGUGCUCUGCACACUGCAAGCACUAAAUAAUUAUGAUUGCUUAGAACAGUGCUUGGCACAUAGUAAGCGCUUACCAAAUGCCAUCAUUAUUGUUGCUAUAUUACUAAAUUGUAAACUCCUUGAGGACAGGGUUCCUGCCUUCCAACUCUGCUGUACUCUCCCAACUGUACCACAUUGCUCUGCAUGCGGUGGGCGCUCAAGAAAUAUUACGGAGUGCUCGACUGAUUCUCCAAACCUGUCCCGGCUGCCGGGUGGGCCAAAUGUAAUACAUAAUAAAGCGUUUUGGCUCCUA